AUGACAGAAGAAAUACGAGCGGAAAAUAAGAUAGAAAACUACCGUGGACUCCCUAGAAGACACUACAGAGAGGCUACGGUAUGAUAAUAAAACAUUGAAAGCCGAAUUACUUGAUCUAAAGUGCAGAAGUAUGAAGAAUAUUGGAAAUAAAGGAGGAUGAAAAUGAAAACACCUCACAGGUCCUCAACUGGCAGCUUCAUUAAAUAGUACCCGCAAAACACCAGUCUCAACGACAACAGUGAAGAGGCGAAAACGCAGGAAAAAGUCAAGGUGUUCAUGAAAUGUAAUCUCAAGAUGACGGACGAACAGGUGGAUACGAUUGAUUUUCAAAGGGCUCACUGUUUUCGGGUGGCAGAGCGGUGGGAAGGCCCCGUCCGAUCGUAGCUACGCUAACUCACUACAAAAUGAAGGUUGUCUUGUUACAACAGGGUAGGGACCUGAAGAACACCCCGUUCUCUAUUAAUGAACAAUUUCCCCAUGAAAUAGUGGCGAGACGAUGUGCCCUGUACCCCACUUUCAUAAGGCUCCGAGCAGAGAAGCAGAAUUUACGUCUAGUGGGCGCCUCAUAAAAAAAUAUAGAAAAAUCAUCAUAGAAAAAGCCAUAUUUCAGACUGCCCAUCUUAAUCUUUUCUUUUUAUUGGCCAGUCUGAGAUAUGGCUUUUUCUUUGCAACUCUGCCUAGAAGGUCAGCAUCCCGGAGUCGCCUCUCACUGUUGAUGUUGAGACUUGUGUUUUGCGGGUACUAUUUAAUGAAGCUGCCAGUUGAGGACCUGUGAGGUGCCUUUUUCUCAAGCUAGACACUAAUGUAUUUGUCCUCUUGCUCAGUUGUGCACCGGGGCCUCCCACUCCUCUUUCUAUUUUGGUUAGACAGUUUGCGCUGUUCUGUGAAGGGAGUAGUACACAGCGUUGUACGACAUCUUCAGUUUCUUGGUAAUUUCUCGCAUGGAAUAGCCUUCAUUUCUCAGAACAAGAAUAGACUGACGAGUUUCAGAAGAAAGUGAUUUGUUUCUGGCCAUUUUGAGCCUGUAAUCGAACCCACAAUUGCUGAUGCUCCAGAUACUCAACUAGUCUCAAGAAGGCCAGUUUUAUUGCUUCUUUAAUCAGCACAACAGUUUUCAGCUGUGCUAACAUAAUUGCAAAAGGGUUUUCAAAUGAUCAAUUAGCCUUUUUAAAAUGAUAAACUUGGAUUAGCAAACACAACGUGCCAUUGGAACACAGGACUGAUGGUUGCUGAUAAUGGACCUCUGUACGCCUAUGUAGAUAUUCCAUUAAAAAUCAGCCGCUUCCAGCUACAAUAGCCAUUUACAACAUUAACAAUGUCUACAAUGUAUUUCUGAUCAAUUUCAUGUUAUUUUAAUGGACAAAGAAAUUGCUUUUCUUUCGAAAACAAGGACAUUUCUAAGUGACCCCAAACUUUUGAACUGUAGUGUAUAUGUAGAAGAAAAGCUGUAAAAAAAUUUAAAAAGUGUCCUCCGAAGAGGAUGGGUUAAAUAAAAUUUAAAAAAUGUGAAAAUGGUGAGGGGUUGUUUAUAAAAAAUAUAUUCUGCGUUUUUGACACAAAUCAAUUGUACUAGUUAUUCAGGCUCUGGUCUUGUCCCAUCUUGAUUACUGUCCGGUAAUAUGGACUAGAAUAGAGAAUAUGGUUAAGUGCAGCAAAGAAAGACCUAGCAAAGCUGCAGCUCUCUCAAAACAGAGCAGCACGCCUUGCCCUUAACUGCACAUACAGAACUAACAUCAACAACAUGCAUGCCUGUCUUUCCUGGUUGAGGGUUGACGAGAGAUUAACUGCAUAAAUUCAUGUUUAUGUGAGAAAUAUUGUUUACAUUUUCCAAAUUGUCCGAAUAAUCAACAUACAUACAACUCUGACAGACAUACAGUCGUGGUCAAACGUUUUGAGAAUGACACAAGUAUUGGUCUUCACAAAGUUCGCUGCUUCAGUGUUUACAGUGUUUUUUGUCAGAUGUUACUAUGAUAUACUGAAGUAUAAUUACAAGCAUUCCAUAAUUGUCAAAGGCUUUUAUUGACAAUUACAUUAAGUUUAUGCAAAGAGUCAAUAUUUGCAGUGUUGAACCUUCUUUUUUGAAGACCUCUGCAAUCUGCCCUGGCAUGCUGUCAAUUAACUUCUGAGCCACAUCCUGACUGAUGGCAGCCCAUUCUUGCAUAAUCAAUGCUUGGAGUUUAUCAGAAUUUGUGGGUUUGUGUUUGUCCACCCGCCUCUUGAGGAUCGACCACAAGUUCUCAAUGGGAUUAAGAUCUGGGGAGUUUCCUGGCCAUGGACCCACAUUUUCGAUGUUUUGUUCCCCAGGCCACCUAGUUAUCACUUUUGCCUUAUGGUAAGGUGCUCCAUCAUACUGGAAAAGGCAUUGUUCGUCACCAAACUUUUCUUGGAUCGUUGGGAGAAGUUUCUCUCGGAGGAUGUUGGUACCAUUCUUUAUUCAUGGCUGUGUUCUUAGGCAAAAUUGUGAGUGAGCCCACUCCCUUGGCUGAGAAGCAACCCCACACAUGAAUGGUCUCAGGAUGCUUUACUGUUGGCAUGACACAGGACUGAUGGUAGCGCUCACCUUGUCUUCUCCGGACAAGGUGUUUUCCGGAUGCCCGAAAAAAUAUCAGUCUGUCCCUGAUGUUUUUUCUGGAGAGAAGUGGCUUCCUCGCUGCCCUUCUUGACACCAGGCCAUCCUCCAAAAGAUUUUGACUCACUGUGCGUGCAGAUGCACUCACAACUGCCUGCUGCCAUUCCUGAGCAAGCUCUGCACUGGUGGUGCCCCGAUCCCGCAGCUGAAUCAACUUUAGGAGACGGUCCUGGCGCUUGCUGGACUUUCUUGGGCGCCCUGAAGCCUUCUUCACAACAAUUGAACCUCUCUCCUUGAAGUUCUUGAUGAUCCGAUAAAUGGUUGAUUUAGGUGCAAUCUUACUAGCAGCAAUAUCCUUGCCUGUGAAGCCCUUUUUGUGCAAAGUAAUGAUGACGGUACGUGUUUCCUUGCAGGUAACCAUGGUUAACAGAGGAAGAACAAUGAUUUCAAGCACCACCCUCCUUUUAAAGCUUCCAGUCUGUUAUUCUAACUCAAUCAGCAUGACAGAGUGAUCUCCAGCCUUGUCCUCGUCAACACUCUCAUCUGCGUUAACGAGAGAAUCACUGACAUGAUGUCAGCUGGUCCUUUUGUGGCAGGGCUGAAAUGCAGUGGAAAUGUGUUUUUGGGAUUAAGUUCAUUUUCAUGGCAAAGAGGGACUUUGCAAUUAAUUCUGGAGUAUAUGCAGAUUGCCAUCAGAAAAACUGAGGCAGCAGACUUUGUGAAAAUUCAUAUUUGUGUCAUUCUCAAAACGUUUGACCACGACUGUACUUACCCCACCAGACAUGCCACCAGGGAUCUCUUCACAGUACGCAAAUCUAGAACGAAUUCAAGGCAACUGACAUUAUUAUACAGAGCCAUGAUGACAUGGAACUCCCAUCUCAAAUUACUCAAACCGCAAAAUAAAAAACAAAUAAUGCAACACAACGCCUCUCCCCUAUCUGACCUAGUUGUAAUGUCUAUGUUAAUGUUUUUAAAAGUAUAUACAUCUUAAAGUAUUUUUGUCUGUAAUAUCUUUUUGGUUAUGUGUCGGACCCCAGGAAGACUAGCUGUCGCUAUUGCCGUCGGCUAAUGUAACGUGGAUCCCAAUAAAAUCUAUAAUGUUCCUCUCUUCUGAGUCUUCACCAGUAAAUUAGGCUACUCCCUCUCACUAGCUUUCCUUCUCUACUUCUUCCUCUCUCGUUCCCCUUCUAUCUCGGUAACAGUGUUCUAUUGUGUUGCUAGGGGCUGUUGAUGUCACUGAGGUAGCUGUAACAUUCCUAAAUCAAUCUUUGGUCUCUCAGCGGGCUUUCUGUAGCUCUCCUGUGUGUCUGUCUGUGUUUUGUGAAUGUGCAGGCCUGUGGGUACGCGUGCGUGUGUGUGUGUUCUAUUGGGUGCUUGUUACGAUGGUGACAGUGGCUCUGAUAUGGAUGUUGAUUCUCUCUCCAGGUGUUCUCCAACAGUGAUGAAGCUCCCAUUAACAAGAAGCUUCCCAAAGAGCUGCUGCUCAGGUUAGUUACACACACACACACACACACACACACACACACUUUAAGCCCUGGGGCAAGCGCUCGCCUCAGGGCUUAAUGUGUGAGGUUAAUUUAUUAAAAAAGGACAUGGCUGGCCUCACUUAGCAGACUGUUAACCUUGAGUGGUUAGGUGUGUGUGUGUGUGUCACCUUUUGGGGGCAUUGUGUGUAGAUGGGUGAGGGGAAAACAAAUCUAUAUAAUUCAUUUUGAAUUCAGGCUGUAAUACAACAUGUGGAAUAAGUCAAAGGGGUAUGAAUACUUUCUGAAGGCACUGUACUAUAUAUACACACACACACACACACACACACACUCACACAAACAGGAUUGUGUGUGUGUGAUUUAAAGCGGAACAUGGCCUCCACCACGCCCAUCAGCCAGUCAGAGAGCCGAUCGAUCAGCUCUCAGCUGAUUGUUCAGCAGCUCCAUUAACCACUGAUCAAUGAGGUGUGUGUGUGUACAUGACAUGUGCCCCAACAUUCCCUAGCUGACCCCACACACACACAGCCUUUGUCUCUGUCCAUGAGAGGGAAUACUGGAAAGUGCUAGUUUCCUGAGAGUGUGUGAGGGUCGGGGUGGGAGGUUGUGUGAGGGUCGGGGUGGGAGGUUGUGUGAGGGUCGGGGUGGGAGGUUGUGUGAGGGUCGGGGUGGGAGGUUGUGUGAGGGUCGGGGUGGGAGGUUGUGUGAGGGUCGGGGUGGGAGGUUGUGUGAGGGUCGGGGUGGGAGGUUGUGUGAGGGUCGGGGUGGGAGGUUGUGUGAGGGUCGGGGUGGGAGGUUGUGUGAGGGUCGGGGUGGGAGGUUGUGUGGGAUUAAAGGAUAACUAAUAGGAGGAACUGUCUGUGUGUGACCUAACCCACUGGCUUACCCUGUUGGCUAAUAGCUACAUGCUAACUCAAUUGGCCUAUUCCUCAUGCUAUUGCUAAAUUGACAGGCCAGUCUUUGUAAAACUAUAAGAAUGCUCUUUGUCUCUCUGUAGAAUCUUCUCCAAUCUGGAUGUGAUCACAUUGUGCAGGUGUGCCCAGGUGUCCAAGGUAAGGCCCACCCCUACAGACAUUACAGACUGACUGGUAUCAUAACUACUCAGUGUGAUUUGUAGAGCAAUCAGUCGUCAAGGUUCCUCGUCAUGUUUAACGCGCCCUACUGAAAUCAAAUCAUAUCUUUUUCGUCACAUGCUUCGUUUAACAACAGAUGUAGACUAACUAAAUGCUUAGUUACGGCCCUUCCCAACAAUGCAGAGAAUAAUAACAACAAGGAAUAAAUACACAACGAAUAACGAUAACAUGGCUAUAUACACAGGGUAGCAGUACUGUGUCUAUGUGCUGAGAACAUGGCUAUAUACACAGGGUAGCAGUACUGUGUCAAUGUGCUGAUAACAUGGCUAUAUACACAGGGUAGCGGUACUGAGUCUAUGUGCAGGGGUAUGAGGUGAUAACAUGGCUAUAUACACAGGGUAGCAGUACUGAGUCAAUGUGCAGGGGUACGAGGUGAUAACAUGGCUAUAUACACAGGGUAGCGGUACUGAGUCUAUGUGCAGGGGUACGAGGUGAUAACAUGGCUAUAUACACAGGGUAGCGGUACUGAGUCUAUGUGCAGGGGUACGAGGUGAUAACAUGGCUAUAUACACAGGGUAGCAGUACUGUGUCUAUGUGCAGGGGUAUGAGGUGAUAACAUGGCUAUAUACACAGGGUAGCAGUACUGAGUCAAUGUGCAGGGGUACGAGGUGAUAACAUGGCUAUAUACACAGGGUAGCAGUACUGAGUCAAUGUGCAGGGGUACGAGGUGAUAACAUGGCUAUAUACACAGGGUAGCAGUACUGAGUCAAUAUGCAGGGGUAUGAGGUGAUAACAUGGCUAUACACACAGGGUAGCAGUACUGAGUCAAUAUGCAGGGGUAUGAGGUGAUAACAUGGCUAUAUACACAGGGUAGCAGUACUGAGUCAAUAUGCAGGGGUAUGAGGUGAUAACAUGGCUAUAUACACAGGGUAGCAGUACUGAGUCUAUGUGCAGGGGUACGAGGUGAUAACAUGGCUAUAUACACAGGGUAGCAGUACUGAGUCAAUGUGCAGGGGUACGAGGUGAUAACAUGGCUAUACACAGGGUAGCAGUACUGAGUCAAUGUGCAGGGGUACGAGGUGAUAACAUGGCUAUAUACACAGGGUAGCAGUACUGAGUCUAUGUGCAGGGGUACGAGGUGAUAACAUGGCUAUAUACACAGGGUAGCAAAAAAGUAUUUAGUCAGCCACCAAUUGUGCAAGUUCUCCCACUUAAAAAGAUGAGAGAGGCCUGUAAUUUUCACCAUAGGUACACGUCAACUAUGACUAGGAUUUUUAAUGAAUUUAUUUGCAUAUUAUGGUGGAAAAUAAGUAUUUGGUCAAUAACAAAAGUUUCUCAAUACUUUGUUAUAUACCCUUUGUUGGCAAUGACACAGGUCAAACGUUUUCUGUAAGUCUUCACAAGGUUUUCACACACUGUUGCUGGUAUUUUGGCCCAUUCCUCCAUGCAGAUCUCCUCUAGAGCAGUGAUGUUUUGGGGCUGUCGCUGGGCAACAGACUUUUAACUCCCUCCAAAGAUUUUCUAUGGGGUUGAGAUCUGGAGACUGGCUAGGCCACUCCAGGACCUUGAAAUGCUUCUUACGAAGCCACUCCUUCGUUGCCCGGGCGGUGUGUUUGGGAUCAUUGUCAUGCUGAAAGACCCAGCCACGUUUCAUCUUCAAUGCCCUUGCUGAUGGAAGGAGGUUUUCACUCAAAAUCUCACGAUACAUGGCCCCAUUCAUUCUUUCCUUUACACGGAUCAGUCGUCCUCGUCCCUUUGCAGAAAAACAGCCCCAAAGCAUGAUGUUUCCACCCACAUGCUUCACAGUAGGUAUGGUGUUCUUUGGAUGCAACUCAGCAUUCUUUGUCCUCCAAACACGACGAGUUGAGUUUUUACCAAAAAGUUCUAUUUUGGUUUCAUCUGACCAUAUGACAUUCUCCCAAUCCUCUUCUAGAUCAUCCAAAUGCACUCUAGCAAACUUCAGACGGGCCUGGACAUGUACUGGCUUAAGCAGGGGGACACGUCUGGCACUGCAGGAUUUGAGUCCCUGGCGGCGUAGUGUGUUACUGAUGGUAGGCUUUGUUACUUUGGUCCCAGCUCUCUGCAGGUUAUUCACUAGGUCCCCCCGUGUGGUUCUGGGAUUUUUGCUCACCGUUCUUGUGAUCAUUUUGACCCCACGGGGUGAGAUCUUGCGUGGAGCCCCAGAUCGAGGGAGAUUAUCAGUGGUCUUGUAUGUCUUCCAUUUCCUAAUAAUUGCUCCCACAGUUGAUUUCUUCAAACCAAUCUGCUUACCUAUUGCAGAUUCAGUCUUCCCAUCCUGGUGCAGGUCUACAAUUUUGUUUCUGGUGUCCUUUGACAGCUCUUUGGUCUUGGCCAUAGUGGAGUUUGGAGUGUGACUGUUUGAGGUUGUGGGCAGGUGUCUUUUAUACUGAUAACAAGUUCAAACAGGUGCCAUUAAUACAGGUAAUGAGUGGAGGACAAAGGAGCCUCUUAAAGAAGAAGUUACAGGUCUGUGAGAGCCAGAAAUCUUGCUUGUUUGUAGGUGACCAAAUACUUAUUUUCCACCAUAAUUUGCAAAGAAAUUCAUUAAAAAUCCUACAAUGUGAUUGUCUGGAUUUUUUUUCCUCAAUUUGUCUGUCAUAGUUGACGUGUACCAAUGAUGAAAAUUACAGGCCUCUCAUCUUUUUAAGUGGGAGAACUUGCACAAUUGGUGGCUGACUAAAUACUUUUUUUCCCCACUGUACACAGGGUAGCAGUACUGUGUCCAUGUGCAGGGGUACGAGGUAAUUGAGGUAGAUAUGUACAUAUAGGUAGGGGUAAAGUGACUAGGCAACAGGAUAGACAAACAGUAACAGCAGCGUAUGUGAUGAGUCAAAAGAGUUUAUGCAAAGAGGGUCAAUGCAUAUAGUCCAGGUAGCUAUUUGGUUAAUUAUUUAGCAGUCUUAUGGCUUGGGGGUAGAAGCUGUUCAGGGUCCUGUUGGUUCCAGACUUGCCAUGCGGUAGCAGAUCGAACCGUCUGUAACUUGGGUGGCUGGAGUCUUUAGGGCCUUCCUCUGACACCGCCCUCUGUAGCGCCUUGCGGUCGGAUGCCGAGCAGUUGCCAUACCAAGCGGUGAUGCAGCCAGUCAAGAUGCUCACAAUGGCGCAGCUGUAGAAGUUUGUGACGAUCUGAGGGCCCAUGCCAAAUAUUUUAAGCCUCCUGAACACAGCCCUGCUGUGUGGUGUAUGACUGAUAACACCAUCACACUCUCUCUUCCUCUCUCUCCCCAUAUCUCUCUCUUUCUCUCUCUCUCUCUCUCUCUCCUCUCAGGCGUGGAAUGUCCUGGCCUUGGAUGGUAGUAACUGGCAGAAGAUUGACCUGUUCAACUUCCAGACAGACAUAGAGGUGAGAGGUCAGGGGAGGUGAUCCUACAUAUACACAUUCGUAGGUCUCUCUCUCCUCUCUCUCUCUCUCUCCCUACUCUCUGUCUCUCUCUCUCCAUUAAUGUUUGUGUAAUGAAUGAAGACUGGUUAAAAAUUCUCUCCACUCCUCCUCUCUCUAGGGUAGAGUAGUGGAGAACAUCUCCAAGCGAUGUGGAGGCUUCCUAAGGCAGCUGAGUUUGAGGGGAUGUCUCAGUGUGGGAGACGCAUCCAUGAAGUGAGUCCUUCUCCAUAGGGCCUCUUACACUCUUAGUAUAACCAACUCACUGUGGUUCAUAGGGAUGUAACGAUUCACCGAUAGGCAUCGGUCCCCGAUUCAAAUGUUUAAGAUGCAACUGCAUCGGUCUGCGGACCCCAAACUGAUCCAAAUGUAGCAUGCAUCGGUCAGAAAAUCGAUUCAAACAUUACAAAUCGGUGAUUCACCUUCCAGAAAUACCUUAUCUUUUGUGACAACUGAUGCGUCCUCUCCUUCAGUGUCGAAACUGCAUGUAACUGUGUUGACAGUCAUUGAUCUACAAGUCAUUUAGCGUGCCGACCAACCACAGGGAAUAUCAGUAGCCUAGUACAUAAUAGUACUUAGCCAAAUACUUAAUCUGCAAAGAUGACAAGUUAUUUAGUGGGUGAUGGUGAUUUCAGAACCAAAGUGGGGGGACAAAAAACAGGCUACAUUGACUAGAUGCCAAGUCUCCCUUACGGCUCAGAUCAGUACAUACACCAUAGACAUACAGGGCCUUCAGAAAGUAUUCAUACCCCUUGACUUAUUCCACAUUUUGUUGUUACAGCCUGAGUUCAAAAUGGAUUAAUACCCCAUAAUACACACAAUACCCCAUAAUGACAAAGUGAAAACAUAUUUUUGCAAAUUUAUUGAAAAUGAAAUACAGAAAUAUCUCAUUUACCUAAGUAUUCACAUCCCUGAGUCAAUACAUGUUAGAAUUUCCUUUGGCAGCGAUUACAGCUGUGAGUCUUUCUGGGUAAGUCUCUAAGAGCUUUGCACACCUGGAUUGUAAAAUAUUUGCACUUUUUCUUUUUUUUUUAUUCUUCAAGCUCUGUCAAAUUGGUUGUUGAUCAUUGUUAGACAACCAUUUAACUCUUGCCAUAGAUGUUCAUGCCAAUUUAAGUCAAAACUGUAAUUAUGCCACUCAGGAACAUCCAAUGUCGUCUUGGUAAGCAACUCCAUUGUAUAUUUGGGCUUGUGUUUUAGGGGUUUGUCCUGCUGAAAGGUGAAUUUGUCUCUCAGUGUCUGAUGGAAAGCAGACUGAACCAGGUUUUCCUCUAGGAUUUUGCCUGUGCUUAUCUCUAUUUUGUUUAUUUUUAUCCUAAAAAACUCCCUAGUCCUUGCAGAUGACAAGCAUACCCAUAACAUGAUGCAGCCACCACCAUGCUUGAAAAUAUGAAGAGUGGUACUCAGUUUUGUGUUGUGUUGGAUUUGCCCUAAACAUAAUGCUUUGUAUUCAGGACAUAGUUACUUUCUUUGUCAAAUUUUUUAGCAGUUUUACUUUAGUGCCUUAUUGCAAACAGGAUGCAUGUUUUGGAAUAUUUGUAUUCUGUACAGACUUCUUUCUUUUCACUUUGUCAUUUAGGUUAGUAUAGUGGAGUAACUACAAUGUUGUUGAUCCAUCAUCAGUUUUCUCCUAUCACAGCCAUUAAACUCUGUAACUGUUUUAAAGUCACCAUUGGCCUCAUGGUGAAAUCCCUGAGCGGUUUCCUUCCUCUCCGGCAAAGUGUAACCAUCCAAAGUGUAAUUAUUAACUUCACCAUGCUCAAAAGGGAUAUUCAAUGUCUGCUUUUUAUAAUUUUUUUACCCAUCUACCAAUAGGUGCCCUUCUUUGCGAGGCAUUGGAAAACUUCCCUGGUCUUUGUUGUUGAAUCUGUGUUUGAAAUGCACUGCUCAACUGAGGGACCUUACAGAUAAUUGUAUGUGUGGGGUACAGAGAUGAGGUAGUCAUUCAAAAAUCAUGUUAAACACUAUUAUUGCACACAGAGUGAGUACAUGCAACUUAUUAUGUGACUUGUUAAGACAUUUUUACUCCGGAAUUUAGUUAGGCUUGCAGUAUGAAAAUGUAUGCACUCACUAACUGUAAGUUGUUCUGGAUAAGAGCGUCUGCUAACUGACUAAAAUGUAAAAUGUAAAUAACAAAAGGGUUGAAUACUUAUUGACUAGUGCUGAGCGAUUAGUGCAUUUUGAGGUAGGUUCUGUUUCGGUUCGAUUAUUUAAAAAAUAAAAGGAUUUCGGUUUCGAUAAAAAAAAUUAAAACAUUAAAUGCAUUAUGUGGGUUGAACGCUGUAACAACACAGAAUAAAACAAUGAAUAAAAGUCCCAUGAUGGUAGUAUGUAUUUUCAGAUGCCUCGCGAAGCAACAGCUAGCUGCUCUCUAUAUCACCUCAGGGUCGCGUGUUCUUCUCUCUUCAGUAGCAGGCGUAAAAGAGAAACACCGACCGGACAAGUAAAUGCACAAUGGAUUAUGGUCAUUGUAGUUAAUUACCAAGUUUUAUGUGCUAAACCUAUGUAGAAUAUUGGCCUUUUGGAAACUACAAUUCCCUACUACAAUCGCACAGUUCAGGCUGGAUCUGAUUUAAAUCUAGAGAAACUGUGUGAUGUGCGCAUUGAGCUCACAAAAAAAACCCAGAACAAAAUGACAUUCAAAUAAUUGAACAGACAUCGGUCAAUUCGUUGUUUUAAAAAACGAAAAAAUAACAAAUGUUGGUUAAUCGCUCAGCAUUAUUAUUGACUCAAGACAUUUCAGCUUUUCAUUUUUUUUAUUUUAUUUGGGGAGGGGUGUAGACCAGUGACACAUCUCAAUUUAAUCGAUUUUAAAUUCAGGCUGUAACACAACAAAAAUGUGGAAAAAGUCAAGGGGUGUGAAUACUUUCUGAAUACACACACACACAGAAGCCAGCUCAGAGAGGCCGAGCUCAUGAUCUCCAUCAACAACAGAUUUUAAUUUAGGAUGGAAAAUAAGUGUUUAUGCAACAAAUGUUAGUGCGUCGAAUCAUAUCGCCUCGAACCGAAUCGCAUCGUUUCGUUCCUCUAAUCAAACCGAAUCACACCGAAAUAUUUUCUAACUAAAACGUACCGUUCCUGUAUCGUAUCGGAGCCCAUGUAUCUAGAUACGUAUCGAAUCGUCUGGAAAGGGAAAUAUCCCUCGUUAUUCAGUUACUUCUCCAUGACUCUGGUAUUUGUAUACCUAUGAUGACUCUGUCGCCUGUCAGGACGUUUUCCCAGAACUGCCGUAACAUUGAGGUGUUGAACCUGAACGGCUGCACUAAGAUCACAGACAGCACCUGCCUCAGCCUCUCCAAGUUCUGCUGCAAACUCCGACAGCUGGACCUCACCUCCUGUGUGUCUGUUACCAACCACUCCCUCAAAGCUCUCAGGUCAGUGUCCUAAACGGUUCCCUGUGUAGUGCACCACUUCUGGCCAAGGGUCAAGGGUUGCACUUUAUUUUACGCUCCAGAAGUUACAAAAGGUAUUUACUAGAAGGGUAAAAUGGUACAUAAUGGUUACAUAGUAAUAACCAAUAAAUUACAAGUUUCUUUCUUUAGGAUUCAUUACAACAAACACCAUUUAUUACCAGGUACAACAAAUCCCCCAUUGUUACCAUAUCAUUACCGGGUACAACAAAUCCCCCAUUGUUACCAUAUCAUUACCAGGUACAACAAAUCCCCCAUUGUUACCAUAUCAUUACCAGGUACAACAAAUCCCCCAUUGUUAGCAUAUCAUUACCGGGUACAACAAAUCCCCCAUUGUUACCAUAUCAUUACCGGGUACAACAAAUCCCCCAUUGUUAGCAUAUCAUUACCGGGUACAACAAAUCCCCCAUUGUUACCAUAUAAUUACCGGGUACAACAAAUCCCCCAUUGUUAGCAUAUCAUUACCGGGUACAACAAAUCCCCCAUUGUUAGCAUAUCAUUACCGGGUACAACAAAUCCCCCAUUGUUAGCAUAUCAUUACCGGGUACAACAAAUCCCCCAUUGUUAGCAUAUCAUUACCGGGUACAACAAAUCCCCCAUUGUUAGCAUAUCAUUACCGGGUACAACAAUUCCCCCAUUGUUACCAUAUCAUUACCGGGUACAACAAAUCCCCCAUUGUUAGCAUAUCAUUACCGGGUACAACAAUCCCCCAUUGUUACAAUCAUUACGGUACAAAUCCCCAUGUUAGCUUCAACCGGGUACAACAAAUCCCCCAUUGUAGUAUAAGGCAUCCCCAUGUUCAUAUCAUUACCGGGUACAACAAUUCCCCCAUUGUUAGCCAUAUCAUUACCGGGUACAACAAUUCCCCCAUUGUUACCAUAUCAUUACCGGGUACAACAAAUCCCCCAUUGUUACCAUAUCAUUACCGGGUACAACAAUUCCCCCAUUGUUACCAUAUCAUUACCGGGUACAACAAUCCCCCAUUGUUAGCAUAUCAUUACCGGGUACAACAAAUCCCCCAUUGUUAGCAUAUCAUUACCGGGUACAACAAUCCCCCAUUGUUACCAUAUCAUUACCGGGUACAACAAAUCCCACAUUGUUACCUUAUCAUUCCAGUGGAAACAGUAACGUAACAUGCAGUGUAAUACAUAGUAAGAAAACAGGGUGUGUGUGUGUGUGUCUCCACUUAGUGAUGGCUGUAGUAUUUUGGAGACAUUGAACCUGUCGUGGUGUGACCAAAUCACCAGAGAUGGCAUCGAGGCUCUGGCCAGGGGCUGUAACAGCCUACGAGGCCUGUUCCUACGUGGCUGCACACAGGUACACACACACACACACACACACACAGACACACACACAAAUAAACAUGAUCGUAUUGAUUAUCAGUAGUGAUUAGUUUCUCUGUGUUGUGUUCUGUACAGUUGGAGGACGGAGCACUGAAACACCUCCAGAAACACUGUCCUGAACUAACCACUAUCAACAUGCAGUCCUGCUCAGUAAGACACAGAGAGAGAGAGAGACGGAGAGUGUGUGUGUGUGUGUGUGUGUGAAAGACAGAUAAUGUGUGUGUGUUAUUUAUAUGACAGAUGAUAGCUUGGUGUGUGUGCUUGCGUGUGUAUUAUGUGUGUGUGUGUUUACAGCAGAUAACUGAUGAUAGCUUGGUGUGUGUGCUUGCGUGUGUAAUAUGUGUGUGUGUAAUAUGUGUGUGUGUUUGUGUGUGUGUGUGUGUGUGUGUGUGUGUGUGUGUGUGUGUUUACAGCAGAUAACUGAUGAUGGCUUGGUCACUCUGUGUCGGGGUUGUCACAAGCUGCAGAUCCUGUGUGUCUCUGGCUGCAGUAACAUUACAGACGCCUCUCUCACCGCUCUGGGUCUCAACUGCCCCCGACUCAAGUAAGAAAUGUCCCCCUUUCUCCUCAUAAUUGUGGAUGAGGUCUGCUGAUAAACACAAUGAGGUCUACUGAUAAACACACCAUAACGUCCACAUAACCAACGCAUAACAAAUGUGUGUGUAUCAGGAUCUUGGAGGCUGCACGAUGUUCACAUGUUACAGACGCUGGGUUUACUGUACUGGCCAGGGUAAGUGCUUCUGUCUUUCUCCUUCUAUUUCCAUCAUGGCAUUUCCUCUGUCCUGACUUGUUUCUUCUGUCUUCAAAUCUCUUACAUGUUAAAUUCACAAAUCAAAACUGAAAAUGUUGACCUGAUGUGACUUUUGUUUCAACAGAAUUGUCACGAAAUGGAAAAAAUGGAUUUAGAAGAAUGUAUUUUGGUAAGAUUUCAUGGGGUUCUUUUCUCGUUGAAUGCAACUGUAGAUUGAGUCCAUCAGCAUUUGAUUGAGCCUAUCUGAGUCUUAUGUACUGUAUCUGGGUUUGAUUGAGCCUGUCUACUCUCACAGGUGACUGACAACACUCUAGUCCAGCUCGCUAUUCACUGCCCUCACCUGCAAGCACUGGUACGUACGUGUGUGUGUGUGUGUGUGUGUGUGUGUGUGUGUGUGUGUGUAUUACAGUCUGUAAUAUAAUGUCUACUGUCUAUCCUCUCUCCCCAGUCUCUCUCCCACUGUGAGCUGAUAACUGACGAUGGUAUCAGGGCGCUGAGCAGCAGUGUGUGUGGACAGGAGCGCCUCACGGUGGUGGAGUUGGAUAACUGCCCUCUGAUCACAGACGGGACUCUGGAGCACCUGAAGAACUGCCACCGUCUGGAGAGGAUAGAACUCUACGACUGCCAGCAGGUCACCAGGGCCGGCAUCAAACGCAUACGGGUCAGUCGUCAACCAUCACUACAUCUCCCAAGCUGCAUCACUAUGGCUGUAAUGUCAAAGCUCCUGCAUGGCCUGGUGGGAAUUGUAGUUUCCUGAAGCUGAUGUUGCUCCUAUGGAAAUAAUAUAAUUACCCACACUCUGUUGUAUUAUACUCCUAUACAGUUUAUUACAACGUUGCAGGCUGUCAAAUGAAAUAAAUGGGAGAAUAUACAACAAUGUGAAAAAUUGUUGGAUGUGCAUAUGCUACGUUUGAAAUGACGUAGCUCCUCCGUCUCCCUAUAGGCCCAUCUGCCAGAGAUAAAAGUCCACGCCUACUUUGCCCCGGUGACCCCGCCUCCCUUGGUGCACGGCGGUGGCCAUAGGCUGUGUCGCUGCUGCAUCAUCCUCUGACAGUGGAGGGCCAGGGGGGGGCAACUCUGCCUACAGGUCCUACUGCUGUGACCCCCCCCCUCACUACUGGUCACUACUGAUCUCUGAUUAAUACCCUGGACAUGGACCCCCCAUCACUAC